CAGGGAGAGAAGAUAGCGAUGCUCGAACGUGAUGCUAUGCACGACCGCGAGGGUUGUUCCGAACGACGACGGGCUCACCUCGUAUCCCGCAUGCUGUCGACUGCCACGUAAUCACGCCUCUCGACGAGCGCUCGCUGGCCCUACAACAACUUCGUCCUCGGCGGUAGCUGUGUCGUCGUCGCACGCAAGAUGAACGAACGAUCCGCGGGAGAGAGCGCGUAGUGCGUACGACGCGUCGCAACGACGACGAAAAUGAGAUGAGAAAGCGCGAAUUGUUGUUUCCGGCAGAAGAAGAUCCGAGUCGAGUCGCUUCGCGUCGGGGAAUUUCGGCCUGGUGAAUCUCGGGUGGUGAUGGCCUGCCGAUCAUCCCAGCGAGUCGUAUCUUCCAUCGCCGAGUUGACAAGGGAAAAACAGCCGACGACGGACGCGUGAUCACCGUGCAACAUCGCUGACUGGCCUCGUAAUCGCAUCGGUAUAAUACGGAGCCGCGAGCGAACGCAUCCUUCGAGGAGAUCGCACUCCGCUGACCGUUUCAGGAUGAACAUGACGGCGAUCCACAUCGGUGCGAGCACCGUGGCUAGUAUGAUCAGCCUGGAGUCUGCGAAUCUCAGUCUAACACUGAGCAAGGCAACGGGCGGCGUCACCGACGGCGACCUUGACGUUUCGCCGGUGACCUUAUCGUCGGCUUGGUCCAGAGUGGCUCGACUUCUGCUGCUGGUCUCCCUCGCCGUCUGCGGCAGCGUGGGUAAUGUCUUCAUGAUAUCUGCCGUGGUGGUGGAGGAUCAGCUCAACAAACGAGGAAACGCGUUCCUCGUGAACGUGGCGUUGGCGGACCUGCUGGUGACCGGCCUGGUAAUACCGGUCUCGGUGAUCGUAAUCCUGGCGGGCCAUGCGGAGUCUCUGAGUACCUGCCGAUUCGAGUGGACCCUCGAGGCCCUCUGCUUCCUAGUGACCGUACUGACGCUGGCCACAAUCGCCGCCGAAAAUUACGCACGUCUGUGUCUGCCCGAGAGGUACGCCAGCCUGACGGCCUGUCACGUAACGACCACGAUCAUCGCCGUGUGGAUGAUCGCCGUGAUCGCAGUGGUCCUGCAAUCGUUUGUCCUGGACGUGGGGCCCGACUUUUGUCGCCGCAGGCUCAGCGGCAUCGCGAUGGAGCAGGCGGUAGGUGCGAGCGUGCUGGUCGGUCUGCCCGCCCUCGCGACGAUUUUCCUCUACGUGAAGCUGGUGAUACGCGUACGGCGCGCCACGCGGAGUUCGUACAAGCUGCCGGCCGCCACCUCGUCGGACUACGAGCUCACCAAGACGAACAUGUGCAGCUGCCUGAUGUUCGUCGUGUUCUGGCUGCCGUUCGGCUUAGCGGUCUGCGUAAACUCCUUCAGGCCGAUCAGCUCCCGCGUGCUCUACAACCUGGCCUGGUUCGCCCUGACCAAAUCCUGCUUCAACUACAUACUCUACGGCGUGGCGGAUCGUCACUUUCGCAACGCUUACGUCAAGCUCUUCCAUUACUGCUGCUGUAAGACGGUGAGCUUCUCGAGGAGGCCGCGCGGCGACGUGCGCCUCAGGGUGCACAUUAUUCAUUCGUACGCGAGUCCGGCAUCCUGCCGUCAGGCCGGAGACAGGCCCAACGGUCGUGAGAUCCACGAGCUCUAGAGGUUGAUCGAUACGACGGGACGCGCGGUAUCGGGUGGGGGGGACC